UCAAACUUCAGGAAGCAGUUGUGAGGACAGAGUGGCAGGAAAUGACAGAAAACCUGAAUACGGAACUGAAAUAGCAGCUCAGAGUUUCUUGCUCUGAAGUGGCAGCAGCUAGAAAGGAGUCGAGUGUCUUCGUGAGGAGCUGAGAGAGCAAACGCAGAGUUGAAGAUGUGGAAGUCUGUAGUAGGACAUGAUGUAUCUGUUUCCGUGGAGACCCAGGGUGAUGACUGGGACACAGACCCUGACUUUGUGAAUGACAUCUCCGAGAAGGAACAACGGUGGGGAGCCAAGACCAUCGAGGGCUCUGGACGCACAGAGCAUAUCAACAUCCACCUGCUGAGGAACAAAGUAUCAGAGGAGCAUGAUAUUCUCAAGAAGAAAGAGAUGGAGUCAGGGCCCAAAGCAUCUCAUGGCUAUGGAGGUCGGUUUGGAGUGGAAAAAGACCGAAUGGACAAGAGUGCCGUGGGCCAUGAGUAUGUUGCUGAGGUGGAGAAGCACUCUUCUCAGACUGAUGCUGCCAGAGGCUUUGGGGGCAAAUAUGGAGUUGAGAAGGACAGGGCAGACAAGUCAGCGGUUGGUUUUGAUUACAAAGGAGAAGUGGAGAAACACACAUCUCAGAAAGAUUACUCUCGUGGCUUUGGUGGCCGUUAUGGCAUAGAGAAGGAUAAACGGGACAAGGCAGCUCUCGGAUAUGACUACAAGGGAGAGACAGAGAAACAUGAAUCCCAGAGAGAUUAUGCCAAGGGCUUUGGUGGGCAGUAUGGCAUCCAAAAGGACCGUGUGGAUAAGAGUGCUGUUGGCUUCAAUGAAAUGGAGGCCCCAACCACAGCUUACAAGAAGACGACACCCAUAGAGGCUGCUUCUAGUGGGGCCCGUGGGCUGAAGGCAAAAUUUGAGUCCAUGGCAGAGGAGAAGAGGAAGCGGGAGGAAGAGGAGAAGGCACAACAGAUGGCCAGACAGCAACAGGAGAGAAAGGCCUUGGUAAAGAUGAGCCACGAGGCUCAACACCCAGUGGCCACUAGGGAAGAGCCAGUGGUGCCAGCCCCAUUGCCUAAGAAAAUCUCCUCAGAGGCCUGGCCUCCGGCAGGGAGUUGUCCAUCAUCAGAGCCUGAGCCUGUGAGAACCAGUAGGGAACAACCGGUACCUGCCCUGCCCCCAAGGCAGGAUCCCCCAGAGGACAAUGAGGAGGCCCCAGCUCUGCCCCCCAGGACUCCAGAAGUCUUCCAGCUGCAGGAAGAGCCAGUGUAUGAAGCAGCACCUGAGCCCGAGCCUGAGCCUGAACCUGAGCCUGAGAAUGACUAUGAGGAUAUUGAGGAGAUAGACAGACAUGAGCAGGAUGAGGAAGCAGAGGCGGACUAUGAGGAUGUGCUUGAGCCUGAGGAUCCCUCUUUUUCCUCCACUUUGGCUGGAUCAUCAGGCCACCCAGCUGGGGCUGGAGCUGGGAUCUCAGCUGUAGCCCUGUAUGAUUACCAAGGAGAGGGAAGUGAUGAGAUUUCCUUUGACCCAGAUGAUGUCAUCACUGACAUUGAGAUGGUGGACGAGGGAUGGUGGCGGGGACGUUGCCAUGGCCACUUUGGACUCUUCCCUGCAAAUUAUGUCAAGCUCCUCCAGUAACUGUUCCUGUCUUCUUUCUGCACUGUAACUUCGCAUGUCCCCAGUGGCUCUGCCUCCAGAUGCUCUCCAUUUCUGCUGCAAGUGUCUGACAGAAUGUCAUGAGUUGCCUGAAGUUCUAGACAGACUUCCCUCUCCCUCUCCAUUAGGGUAGGGAGCAGCGGCAGCACGAAGAAGGGGGUCUCCUUCCCCUUGAGGUCUUCUUUAUCCUGGAUACCCAGGAUGAUCUCAGGGAUGUUUGUCUUGUGGUCCCGCUCCCUUCCUCAUGAGUGCCCCCUCUAACCCAUACCCCUAACUCUAGUUUCCUUUGCGAGUGCUGAGCUUCCUGGUCCAUCUGCAUGGCAAGGUAUGUCUAUAUUUCCUAGUUUUCCUAGGUGUGUUGUUUUCUCAGUUUCCUUCUCUGCAGAGAUAUCUCUGACUCUUCUCUCUGAUCAGUCCUAAAUUGGAAAUAAAGUGGGACCAUGGCUAACCUCUAUUCUGAGGUAAAUAGUACUUUUACACGGCCCUCAAUGACCCUAACUCUCAUUACAGGUAGAGGGAAUUUUCCUUCCCUCUUUCGCAUAUUCAGAAAAAUCCUUCCAACCACUGCCCAUCACUCUGUACCCUGGUGUCAAGGGCCAUGCCUUUUCCUUAGACUAUACUGAUAUCCAGUCCAAAAACAGAUGGGCCUGGAGAAUGGCAGUUAGGUUGGGAAACAGGCCAGGAAGGGUCUACAUUAAGCAGUUCAAAUUCUACUGGCUUCUGCAGUUGUGAGAGGUCAGCCACCUUCCACCUGGGAGUAAUGACUAUAUUUCUUUAGUGCACGAUGAUGCCUGAGGCAGAAGCAGAAAUUAGGGGAAAGGAAGGAGGAAAAGAUUUGGCCAAGAACAAGAACAAAAGAUUAAAACUAAAAAGGAACAAUUGGACUUCCCUGGUAGCUCAGCUGGUAAAUAAACUAUUGCAAUGCAGGAGAUCCCGGUUUGAUUCCUGGGUCAGGAAGAUCCCCUGCAGAAGGGAUAGGCUACCCACUCCAGUAUUCUUGGACUUCCCUGGUGGGUCAGACGGUAAAGAAUCUGCCUGCACUGUGGAGGCCUAGGUUCGAUCCUUGGGCUGGGAAGAUCCCUUGGAGGAGGGCAUGGCAACCCAUUCCAGUAUUCUUGCCUAGAGAAUCCCCAUGGACAGAAGAGCCUGGCAGGCUACAGUCCUUGGGGUUGCAAAGAGUCAGACAUGACUGAGCAACUAGGCGCAAAAGGAAACAAUGAGAUGAUAAAAGGGUUUGGAGUCAAAGAUAGUGGCCUCUACUAAAGAAAGUCUAGGCUUCCCUGUAGCUGGAUGAAUGAAUUCAGUGACUGUGUAAGAAGAUAGACUGAGUUUCUCUGUGGUACAUGAAGUUUCUCUGUGGUACAGGGCUGAGGCUGAUAGAAGAAGUGAGGACCUUUGGACAGCCAGUGAUAAGCAAAAAACAAGUCAUCAAGCAAAGUAUGGGGAUGAGAUCAGGAUGCAGUGAGUUUAUCUAACCUCAAGCCAUUGGGAUUGGCAAGAUCCAGAAUAGGAGCCCCUAGGCAAA